CCGAGAGGAUGGAGGCGAUGGUGCUGCUGAACGCGCUGGCCACCCGGCUGCUCUUCGCCCUGCACGCGCUGCUGGGCGUGUGGCGGGUGGCGGAGGUGAAGAAGGAGCGCAAGUACUGGCUGCUGGCGCUGCUCAACCUCCUGCUGUGCCUGGAAACGGCGCUCACGCUCAAGCUGAAGCGGGGAAGAGGCUACAAAUGGUUUUCACCGCCGAUCUUUGUCUAUCUCAUCAACAUAGUGCCCUCAUUGUGGAUUCUGGAACUUCAGCCUAAAAACCAGCUUUGCCCCAAUGAAUAUGAGCAGCUGGUGAAGAACCACAGUGAACAAGUCAGACCCAUUUACAGAAAUGAGACUGCAGCAAACAACAUAAUGGAAAAGCUGCAACAGGCCCAGGAGUUUGUCAGCACGCUCUCCAAAAUGUGUGAGCCCAUCUGGACGCUGAGCCUCCACCAGACCUUCCUGCUGCUCCUCAUCCUGGGCCGCUGGCUGCUUCCCAUCGGUGGGGAGAUCACCAGGGACCAGCUGUCUCAGUUGCUGCUGCUCUUCGUGGGCACCGCCGCAGACAUCCUGGAGUUCACCAGUGAAACCCUGGAAAUAGAGAACGUCCGGAACAAAGAUGCUCUGGUGUAUGCAAUCCUAGCCGUGUGGACUUGGAGCAUGUUGCAAUUCCCUCUGGAUCUAGCAGUGCAACAUCUCAACUGUGAUCGAGCAGCUUCGUCCACCAAAGUUUUUCACCUGCUCCUCUGCAGACACAGUGCUGACCUGUGGAACAUCGGCAUCAGCCUGUUCAUCCAAGACGGCCCUUUCCUUGUGGUGCGCCUCAUCCUGAUGGGCUACUUUCAAGUGCUGAAUCAGAUGCUCGUGUUUUUUGCGGCCAAGAAUAUUUUGAUCGUGAUGUUGCAGCUCUACCGCCUUGUGGUGCUAUCGCUCGACUUCCAUGCCUCCCUCCAGCACAGGGCAAAAAGCCAGAAAGGAGCCACUUCCUGCUGCCCCUGUGAGCCCAGCUCCAUCAGCCUCCCAUCCAAUGGCCUGCUGGACGGAGGCGACUCUACUGGCCUGGAGGAGACCUUCCCAGACUCAGCGGAGUGCUUGUGAGGGAAGGUGUCUUCUGCCCCAGGACCAGCCCUUCCCUCCGGGGGCCAUGAUCGAAUGGGCUGGCCUUGGCAAGCAGCCUCUUUUUCCACUGGGAGACAAGGGUCCCAUCCUAGCAACAAAGGGGAGACAUUUGAGAUAGGAGAGAACAAAAUCCAUUCUAUUGGUUGGGUGGAUUGAUUGACAUGGUAUCCACGGUAUUUAUCCAUUGUCUAUCUGAUGGGACUCAGCUGAGGUAGUUUUGUGGUUGGUUCUUCUUGUUUUUCUUUUGUUUUAAUGUGUGACAUUUGCAGACUCCAUGGUUGCCUUCAGAGCCCUGCCGUAGCAGAAUCUUUACCUGAAAUUCAGGUAGUGAUUUCAGGUCUAGUGAUUACAGGCCAUUUUUCUCCUGGUUCUAUUUUAUUUUACACUAGUAUCAGUGGUGGGUUCCUACCGGUUUGCCCCUGAUUGGGCAAACUGGGAGGCUCCACCCACCCGGACGUCUCUGCGGAUGUGUGAGCACGCCCAUGUGCCCGCGAGCAAACUGGUAGUGACCGAAAUUGAAACCCACUACUGACUAGCAUCGAGUUUGAUGUAACCUUGUCCCAGCUCACCCAAGUCUACCCUGUUUACAUGACCUCUUUUCCACAAAGCAAUGGGCCGCCUUUCACUGAUCCAGGUACGGUGGGAUUUUUCUGGGAGAGGGAAAAAAAAUCCAGGUGGGCGUGGCCUGUUUUAAGACGACAUGGUUGGGAGAUCUACUCAGAAAUGUUGUAUUAGCUUAUCAAAGGCUGGCAUGCAUAGAGUAACUUUGUUAUUAUUUACAGGGAAAAAUGUGUUCAAAGUCUUGUUAUUACUGAAUUCAGUUUUGAUAUGGUAUACGUGAUUAUUUCUUCUCUUUUGUUUCUGAAUGUUGAUAUCUUUGGUUACUGUGAGCACAAUUCUUAAUGCAAAUAGAGGAGAUGUUUUUUUUAAUAAACCAGGAGAUUUGUAUUUGCUUAAGAAACGUU